AUGCCCGUGCCCUUCGACUUUCUGCAAUCCCGGGAGUUUUUCGUGGCAGACGACUGCAGCAACCCAUCGCUGAUGCCCAAACUCAGGAGUAUUCCCAAGUCCUUGGAGGGCCGGAGGGCAUUGUUGGAGCAACGCUUGAAGGUGAAGAUGCUGAAGGAAGGUGUCCACGCAGCUCUUCGCCAAGAUAUGAGCUACUUCACGAAGGCGCUGGGGAGCAAGGGGGAGGCGGAGUACCUACCAGCAGUCGAGCUGCACAUGUUCCCGCUAGACCCCAUGAACGCCACUGCAGAAUGGCAGGCGCUCUUGGUGCCCACAGUGCCUGAAGUCUUUGGCCAAAAGCUGCACCUCUGCCACAAGUCGGAAUCUCAAGAAGUGCGGUGCAUAGCAGAGCUGCCUUUCCCUCCGCUUCCGCGGCACCUGCAGGCUUGGAUGGGCGCAUUCGAUCCCUUGAAGCGGCUGAGGUCCAUGCCCAUAUGGACGAUUCGGCUGGCAGAGGGCUCUCUUUUGCUUGGCUUGGCCCUCCUGCUUGCAGCUGGCGUGUACCUGAUGCGGAUAUGGUGCGGCCAGCCACCAGAGAAGCACACUUUCAACAUCCCAGAGCUGCCUACCAAAUUUUUUCUCGCGAGGCACACCGAGCUGCACCCUGAUGCCGGGGGGAAGGAAGCCUCUAUUUGCAUAUUGGAUUCUGGCAGAGAAGUUGUCGUGGAGAAAAUCGCCCCCGCUACCAGGUACAUCCCAAUCAUUUCCCUUGUGCAGGAGUGGGAAGAGCUUUUCAGGCGCGCAAUCAGAGGUCCCAGCAAUGCUUUCUGGGGCCGCAUCAAGGAACCUGCUGGCUGGAUCCUUCUUCAUGAGGACAAUGGGGAGACGAGGGUGCUGGUGAAUCCAUCUGUGGAGGCUUGCUUGAAGGCCCAUCCAGACCUGGUUCCGCCCCUUGUGGAUUUGAUUAAGAAGAACCUGGUACUUUUUGGAGCUUACGUGUCAGCUCAGUGGGUGGCUUUGGCUCGCCUCACUGCAGUGUACCAACCGGAAAGCUUUGCAUGUCUGGUCUGUGGCAUGUGCGUGGUUCAUCUUGUAGUAUUGCUGCAGCAGACCUUCUCUCUUCAGCGUGGCUUGGAGCAUGAAGAGCGGUUGCAGCAAAAGCAGUUGCUUCGGCUGAGCCCGCAACACUUGCUGAGCGGUGUAUUUGGAGCAGUGCUUACCCUGAUGACGGCGCUUCUUGUCUCGGGCGUUUCUGCCGCCUGGUCCGAAACUUCCCGACUGUCCGGCAUCAUCCUGAACGGCAUCUGCCUUGCGCUGCAUGGCAAGCACCUCCAUGACGCGAUUGCGAGCCACAAGAAGUGGAGAGAGCCGCAAGUGCAGAGCAAAGAAUACCUGGCUCUCACCAUGUUUCCAUUACAAGCCACUGAAGAUGCCCCACCAGAGCUAACACGUGAGCGGGCUCAAAAUUGGCUGGUGGCCAAGGCUGUGAAGGCCACCUUCUCGUGGUUGGCAGCGAGUGUGUUGGCAGUGAUUUUGCUGGACGCAGUCCAGCUCCGGGGCCAGCUGUUGAAGUACGAUGUGAGCCGUGGAUACCUCACCUCUCCGGGCUGCCGUGAGGCUUUUCACAACACGCUCCUGUUGGACACCAAUGCCGACUCCCUAACGCUGAACGCGGAAGUUUUUGACGCGCAGAGCGGCCUCAUGCUCAAAGUAGAACAUCCGCUUUUGAACAGCUCGGAGGAGAUUGGCUUCAACUCGUCCGGCGAGCACCAGAUCUCCUUGCCGUCUGGACCACUCUAUGGUCGGAUCGUGCUGCGGGCCCUGGGCUCCUACAAGAACACCAAUUACACCAUACAUGUUAUUCGCGUGGCUUCUGCCGUUACGGUGUCCAUGAACAGUUCCUUCAAUGGCUCCAAAUAUCCGAAGUUGGCCAAUACCCGCUUCUUGGAAAAGCGCCGCCUGCAGUAUUUGCUGCAGCACCCCACGUGGUAUGUGCCAGACCUGGAUAUGGUUUCAAAUUCCACGAUCGAGGUUGUGCUUGACUCCGUUGUGCUGGCGCCGCUGGUGCCUGCAGCCCUCGGACCGAACGAGAAGAAUGCCAGCAUGCCAAUGGUGUCUUCAAGUCAAUGCAGUGACAUAUGUGGAGCCGCCAGAGCUGGGUUCGGCAACGAUUGCAUCUACGAAGAGGCUGUGGAUCUCCCAGAACCACUCUGUGUUGGCCAGAACACUGCCCAAGAUCUCAACUUGGAGAAGUCUGAUCUCAGUGUUGCGGGCAAGGGCUCCGCACUAUUGGACUGGCUUCGAGAUGUCAACGUGAGUGGCAAAAUGGUCACGCUUGACAACUUCGAAAAGGAGGGCGGCUCCACGCAUUUGCCGUUCAAGGCUUUAGCUGGAGGUCUCUAUGACAGCUUCUUGUUAUCAACGCCAUUGGCAUCCCUAGCUGGUGGGGUUCAGCUGGACAUCGCUGUUACCCAAGAUCCCACAAAUGCUGAGGAUUUGACCAUACCCCUGGUGAUUGUGCCUCAUCCACCACCGAUACAGCUCGAUCUGAACGGCUCAAAAAUCGGCUACUUCCUUUUGCCUGAGAUGAUGAGAGAGACUCCGCGAACAGAGUAUGCGAUUUGUGGCAACGUUGAUGCGGUGCAGAAUCUGUCCGCCAAAGUUGACGACCCACGCUUUACAGUCCUUCAGAACGAGUCGCAUGAGGCAGUGCAAUGCACAGGCCAUGGCUUCGACAGCAGGACAGAGUUCCGAGUGGUUCGGGCAGAGCCAUGCGACUGGUGCGAGCACUACACACCUUGGGAUGCAGCAGGUUACGACCUGGUCCUGCGCCGCUCUAUCUUACUGUGCUUAGAGACCGCUGUGAACUUGGAGAAUGCCCAGGCUUUGGAGAGCAUCCUGAAACCAACAAUCCAUGCAGGCGAUGCGCACAAUAAGUGCCUGGAUAAGGCCGGCCUCUUGGGUGAUGCUAUCCGCAAGACGAAGGACGCUCAAAUGGUCCAGGUGAUGCUGAAGAUGGGUGCUGAUGCCUCUGCCCUGAGCCGGGGCCAGACUCCGCUGCAGAUCGCUGCCGCACGUGGCAACCUUGAUGCCAUGAAGAAGUUGUUCAAUACGACAGCUUCAAAAGAAGGUUCCCUGGGAGCCGCAGCCUCUCAGUGCCAAGUGGAGGCCAUGGACCUUAUCAUAUCGCAAGGCACAUCCGAUGCGCAGAAAUGUGAGGACUCGCCGACAUAUGAGGCUUUCAUGAAACAGCCAUGGUUCAGCUGCAGGGAGCGACCCAACUUGCUAAAGACUGUCUUCGACCUUCUUCAGCAGGGCACAACCUAUAAGAUGGAUCCGGACUGCAAAGGUGAGAUGCUGAAUCGAGCCAUUCAUCACAGAGACGCGGAUGUUGCACGCCUCCUUUUGCAAGAAGGUGCGGAUGCAAAUCGCGAUUGUUCCGGGACUCCUCUUGAACAGUUGAUGGCUGAGCGAAAGAGUGGAGAGUCUCCAAUCUCGAUUGCAGACUUCAAGAAGAUUGCCCAGCUGCUUAUGGAUUACAAGUUGGACAUUGACGACCUGCGCGAGCUUGUCAUAGAAGCCGCCUACGAGUGCGACCUUGACCUGGUAAAGGCGUUGCUACAGCUCAGUGCGGGUUCCAGUGUUGACAUUAACGAAGAUGCCAUCAAUGCAGCCAAUGGGCAGUGCAGCGAGGAGGCCAAAUCCUUCGUGAAGGUUCUGUCAGAAGCCGGGAAAUCAAAGCAAUGA